AUGCAACUUCUUCAUCACCGAUGGCACCUUUCAUGCCAGCAUGACAUCCAGGCUCCGCUCUAUCUGGAGACUUACCCUAACCUCCCAGGUCUAUCUGCCAAUCAGAAUCUCAGUUUCUUCUUCUUGACCACUGCGUCAUUCCCCAUUCUUUCUCUUGUUGGCCACAUGCCCACAUGGCCCCAUUACAACAAUGACAUUUGCGGAGGCCAUUCUUCCUACUUAGACCUGCGUGUUAUCAUUCGCGAAGACCCCCAAGAGGUGUCGGUGUAUAUCGCCGACUAUAUCGUCAGCCGCAUCAAGGCUUUCAAUCCCACCGAAUCUAAUCCCUUCGUCCUGGGUCUUCCUACCGGCAGCAGCCCCGAGAUAAUCUACAAGAUCCUCGUGCAGCGCCACCGCGCAGGCGAGAUCUCUUUCAAGAAUGUCGUAACCUUCAACAUGGAUGAAUACGUGGGCCUCCCUCGCGACCACCCCGAGUCCUACCACAGCUUCAUGUACAAGCACUUCUUCUCGCACGUCGACAUCCCCCCGCAGAACAUCCACAUCCUCAACGGCAACGCGACAGACCUAUCCGCCGAAUGCGCCGCUUUCGACGCCAGCAUCGCCCGCUUCGGCGGCAUCGAGCUAUUCCUCGGCGGCGUCGGACCAGACGGCCACAUCGCCUUCAAUGAGCCAGGCUCAUCUCUCGCCAGUCGCACGCGUGUCAAGACCCUAGCCUACGAUACUAUCCUCGCCAACUCACGCUUCUUCGACAACGAUGUCAAUAAAGUCCCCCGCAUGGCCAUGACAGUCGGCAUCCAGACCAUCAUGGACGCCCGCGAAGUCGUCAUCGUCGCAACAGGCGCCCACAAAGCCUUCGCCGUACAGAAGGGCCUGGAAGACGGUGUGAAUCACAUGUGGACUCUCUCCGCGCUCCAGCUUCACCCCCACCCGUUGGUCGUCUGUGAUCGCGAUGCCACGCUGGAACUGAAGGUCAAGACUGUGCGCUACUUUGAAUCAAUCGAGUCGGCCGGUACGGAUGCGCGCACCCAGGGUCCGGCGCUGGUGUAUCGUCCUCGCACUUAUGUGCCUGCGCCCAUUGUCACUAAGAAGACGUCGUCGCGCCAGCAGCCUACGCCCGACCGCACACCUGUCAAGGUCCCCAAGGACCUGCGCAUUAAUACGGAGCUGCACACUGCCAUGGAAGACGAUGAGCUUACGCCCGACAGCAUGUCUUCGCGAAUGGUCGACUCGGCUAUUGGCGGGCUUGACGGGGCGCUGAAGAAUGACUUGAUUUUUGACCGGAUGGGUGCGAGGAUGACUGCUCAGUGA